AGUCUUUCUAAUCUGUGGAUAUUUCGUACUUAUAUUUCAUAAAGUGAAUUGUUUGCAAACAAAUAUAAAGUAUAUUAAAUACACUAUAAAAUUUUACAAACUUACCAUUUUACGUUUCGUGAUUUCAAUAUGGCUACUCCUACACCCGAUACUCCGGAAAAUUACGAUCAAUUCGAUGAAGAAGAAUCAGAACAACAGCUUGGUGCAACUGCUUCUGGACGUAAACGUUUAUUUAGUAAAGAGCUUCGAUGUAUGAUGUAUGGCUUUGGAGAUGAUCAAAAUCCUUAUACAGAAAGUGUCGACUUUUUAGAAGAUCUAGUUAUGGAAUUUAUUACAGAAACAACACACAGGGCUAUGGAAGUUGGUAGAACAGGUCGAGUGCAAGUAGAAGACAUAAUAUUUUUAGUUCGAAAAGACCCACGAAAAUAUGCCCGUGUGAAAGAUCUACUUACAAUGAAUGAGGAACUGAAGAAAGCCAGAAAAGCUUUUGAUGAAGUUAAAUAUGUUGAAGAUCAACAAUAACAAUCGUGGCGAACAACCGACGCUAUGCUACUAAGACUGAUGCAAAAUGAAGACAAACCAAAUAUAUGUAAAUGGAAAGGAAAAGUACAGAAUAUAUAUAUUACUAUUGAAAUCUAUUCAAGGAAUAUACUGAUCUUAAUACAAGAUUAUAUAUAAAUGCGAAAAUAACAGCUGAUAAAGGUUAAGCCGUGGCUAUUAUAUAUGAUACUACUGCAUAUUCAAAAACAAAUUGAUGCUAAAAAUCAUGUCUACAUCUUGAACCAUUCUUCUUUAUUCUUGUCUAAUGUAUUAUUAAUCAAAUCAUAAUUCUCUUCUGUAAAUAUCUCUAAAAUAUACACAUUCACUUUAAUAAAACAAUUGAUGAUUAA